GGAAAGGGAAGGCAACCUGAACGGGCUUAGGGGCAGGGAGGAGAAGCCGCCUUUGGCCACGGUCCUCUGGAUUGGGCCAUCGCGAGGCAGCGGGAGGAGCUUGGCUCCGUCAUCUGCCCGCAUGCAAAACCGUGCAGGGGUCGGCGGUUGCUGAGAGCAGAGCGCUGCAAGGAGAGAGGGGCGUCUCCGCGGUUGCAGAUCUCUCUUUCUCUCGAUCUCCGUCGCACUCGCUUUUCUAUUUCUUGCUUCUCCAACUGCAUUCCAGGUUUUCCUCCUCCCGGAGCCUCCCACCUCCUUUUCUCCUCCCCUCGAGGAGGCGGCGCCUCGUCGUUUCAAGCUCUCUUUCUCCCUCUCCCCCUGGCUCGUCUGUUCCAUUAAAGGAAUGCUCUCCCCUCCACCCCAUCUCGCCAUCACCUUCUCGCCGUGAAAUUUAAAUGCAGUUUUGAAACCCCCCCCCCCCAAAAAAAGAGAGAGACAGAAGAAGGGCACACUGACAUCAUCCUGCCUCGGAACUGAAAAGGAAGAAAACGAAGGCGAAGGGAUCUGUUUCUUAAUUUUUAACCAUUAUUGUUUCGUUUUUUGUUAUAACUCUCCAAGCUGCUACGGGCAGGAGGCUGGUUCGCCGUGGUUGCGCGCUUAGUGCCCCUAGCGCAAGAUUUUUUUUUUGUUUUAUUUUGCAGCGGGGAAUCGAGGUGGCAGCGAUGUUGGAACAAGUGAAACGGGCAAAAACCUAAAGCAGGUUGAUCUACGAGCCAGCAACUCGCCUCCCCCCCCCCGCUCCUGCGCGGCUUGCUGUGGUUUUGAUUAACCUCUGGUAAGUUGAUUGCUUCACUUGGAGAGAAAAUAGCUACAGAGCUUUCGGAGCUGAUCCUUUUUAAAAUUUGGGUUGUGUGGCUUUUUUAUUUUUUUGGCGUCGAAUUUUAAGGCAUGGGAGUUGUAGGCAGGAGAAUGCGAUUUACAGAAAUGACUGGAUUUGCUCCUUCUUCCUUGUUGUGCUCUCCCUGAAGAAUUAUAGUGAUCUGGGUUUUUUGUGUGUUUGUGUUGUUUUUUUUAAAGAGACCCUCCAAGAUGUUGAAAUAAAAAAACAUUUUGACCUGAAGGAUUUUUUUUUAAAAAAAUUAAAAAUAAUUUUAUUUUUUGUGAAGGGCAGUUUUCUUAAAGGAGUAAAAAGUAGAAGUGGCUAUCUAUAUAAACAUGGCAAAGAAUUCUGUGGAAGGGUCCAAGGAAGACCUGAGCAAAGUGACGGAAGAGGACAUGUUGAGGUGCAGCAAGGAAGAGCUGGUGAAGAGGCUGAAGAAACUGGAGAGCGAAAAGAUGAACUUGAUGGUGGAGCAUGGCAACUUGAUCAAGGACGUGAACCAGAGGCUCCAGAUUCACUUGCACGAGAUCAGGGGGCUGAAGGAAGUGAACCAAAAGCUCCAGGACGACAACCACGAACUGAGGGAGCUCUGCUGCUUCCUGGACGACGACCGGCAGAAGGGGAAAAAGCUGUCCAGGGAAUGGCAGAGGUUCGGGAGGCACACGGCCGGCGUGAUGUGGAAGGAGGUGGGGAUGUACCAGCAGAAGCUGAAGGAGCUGGAAGCCAAGCAGGACUCCCUCAUGAGGGAGAACAUGGAGCUGAAGGAGAUUGUCCUGAUGUUGGACGAAGAGAGGAACGGAGCGGGCUCUCGGAGUUCGAUAGACAGCCAAGCCAGCCUCACCAACCUGAACGGGGGCUCUGGAACCAGGGAUGUUGGAGAUGGGAGCAGUACCUCUAGCACUGGCAGCGCAGGGAGCCCAGACCAUCACCACCAUCUUCACCAUCACAAGCCUGUUGAGAACAAGGCCGGAGCUAUCCGGAGGUCGAUGGAUGACCUCUCGGCACCGCUUCACCACCGGAGCAUCCCUAAUGGACUGAAUGAUUCAUCUUCUAACUACAUCAGACAACUUGAAACAAAAGUCAAACUGCUAGAGGACGACAAUAAACUUCUCUCUCAGCAAUCAAGCUCUGGGGAUCUGAGGACUCUGAGGAAAGGGUUAUCCCCGUACCAUUCCGAGACACAGCUGUCGUCACUGCCGCAGUAUCAGGACGCCAUGCAGAAUGGCCCUGUCCGCAUGGCUCCCGAUCUUGCCGCAUCUCCUGCCGUGGGAUACGUCUCCAUAAACCAGAAACCUGAAGCCGUGGUGCACGCUAUGAAGGUCCUUGAAGUCCAUGAGAAUUUGGACAGGCAAAUACAAGAAAACUAUGAAGAAGACCUGAGUGAAAAGGAGAAAGCAAUUGUUCGUGAAAUGUGCAAUGUCGUCUGGCGGAAACUGGGAGAUGCAGCGAGCUCCAAACCAUCGAUCAGGCAACACCUUUCCGGAAACCAGUUCAAAGGCCCGUUAUAAGCACCUCAUGCAGCAAGGCUGGGAGAGGAAAGAGGAAGAGCAACAGGGACUUCUCUGCAUCUAGCUGCCAGGGUUAUCUUUUCCUACUCGCUCCCAUCUUUCUGUAACUGUUUAUAGUGUAAAUAAGGCAGCUUGGAAGGCUUUGCCUGCAGGCUGUGCUGAUCCAGAACCAUGUUAAAUGGGUUAAUAACUAUCCUCUAAUGGCCGAUUUGUGUCAUUUGUAUUGUAGUGACAACCUGCUUUGUUGUACGGUCAUAUGUAGAGAUACCUGGACCCAAAAGCAAGGGACCCUCCUCACCUGGACAGUUUCCAGUCCGUUGCCAUUUUGCAAUUGCAAAUUUUGGUUGCACCACGGGGAGUUGAUUGGGAGGUCUUGCACAACACAACUGCUUCACUCCCCCCCCCCCCAUGGCCAAAAAAAGAGAGAAAAGAUUGGGCUAUUUGCCAUAAGGAAAGUGAUGGAGAAAUGCAUUGGAAAGUGCACUUUUUUUGGUGCAACAUCACCCUGCAAACAAAUCAGGACAAAUGCGCAAUAAAACAGGUCGUCCAAAAGCACCCGCCCUUUCUUGCUUUGCCCUGUUCACGGAGCUAAAACCCCGGCUGCAUUGUUUUAGAAAUUAACAAGGAAUCCACAACACCAAAAGUAGCUCUGUGAUUUCUUUGUAGCAUUAUUACUUUGGCAAUUACCUGUUGAGAGUGAUAAGCUUUCCUAGGGAUCUUUGGUUGGCAUUAAAAUGCGCGUUUUGAGAAGCAACCCCUGGCCUGCGCAGCUGAAAACAUUGUGACUUCGCCUUCAUGUUGCUAGGUCACAUUCUCCACUCCAGGCUGAAAUCCCCAAAUCCCGCAAGAUAUGGUGGCUGCUUUAGAUCAGGAAUGGGCAGAAGGUAGAUCUGCAGGGGUCUGCUGGCUGAUCUCUGGCCGAUUUGCAAGAGCUUUUGUCCGGCAGUAGCAAACAGACUGCCUGACAUGAAGAAAGCUUUCGAAUGGGUUUUUCUGUGAGCUCCGCUCAGUUCUUGUGCUGAGAACAGAUUCCUAGGCUCAGAACAUGCUCGGAGGCACCACGUUCUUAUAUUCUCACUGUUGUCUGUUUAGCAUCAGAUAGAUAUUGUGGUUCUUGCAGAAAGCAAAGGAGCCCCAAUAAGCCUGUUGUCUGCCCAUCUCUCUUGCAUAGCAGCUUCCGGGCGAGGCAAUCGUGUGGAGACCCUGCUUGCAUAAUCUUACAUUUUUUCAUGCUGCUGCAGCGGAAAUGCUGCAGCUUCCAAGCAAUAAUUGCAGGCACUUAAUGCAACGUUGACACAUGACGAACAGUAGGUUGGAGUGAUCAAAUGCUCAGGAGGACCAGGCUCAGGUCUGGUGUCAAGGGUCAGAAUCAUUAGGCACUUGCUGAGGCCCACACCCUAGCCAAGGGCCCACUGCCAAUUCUUGGGGGGUCUUUUGGCCUUCUUGCUGCCUGUUCCCCAGCGGUUUCUGAGUGAGUGAGGAGAAAAGGACCCUAACAUUUACACCAUGGGUAGGCAAACUAGGGUGCGGGCACUGAAUCCGGCCCAAACGCCUUCUAAAUACGGCCCGCGGACGGUCUGGGAACCAGCGUGUUUUUACAUGAGUAGAAUGUGUGCUUUUAUUUAAAAUGCACCUCUGGGUUAUUUGUGGGGCUUAGGAAUUGGUUCCUUUUUCCCCACUUCAAAUAUAGUCCGGCCCCCCACAAGGUCUGAGGGACAGUGGACCGGCCCCCUGCUGGAAAAGUUUGCUGACCCCUGAUUUACACGCCUUGCGCUCUCUAUGUGCAGUGGUGCUGGUUUGCAUCCAAAGGGAGAGGAAGGCAAAUGGGCAAGAGGGGAGGGGAGAAAGAGGAGGUGAGCAUGCUUAGAGACGGAGCCCCACUAACAGCAUCUUGCCCAUGGGCACUGGCAUUGAGCCGGCUCCUAAUAGUUGCGUGGAAGAGACUCGUUCAGUAAGUGGCGCCCCCUGCCUGAAACCCCCCGCAAACCACUGCUAGGCCUUGGAGAAAGUAUUGAACUAGAUUCCUCAGUAUAAGGGCAGCAUCCCAUUCUCGCCUGCCUAAACUCCCUCUUACAUGCAACUCUGCAUCCAACAGCUAAAGGUACAAUUGCCUUGCCUACCUUUCCAUCACCCUCCAGUGGACGUGCUUCUGUCUCUGUUGUUGAUUUUGCUUAUCCGGACGUUAGCUCUAUGGCAGAAAGACAGAAAGAAAAAGAUGAUGUGUGAAGCAGUUCUUCAGUGUCCCCUAUCGCCUACGCUUUACAGAACUGAAAAGAAAAUGCUACCCCUUCUCUCCUUUUUUAAAAAAAUGCUUAUUUCAGCCUUGGUAUGACAUUGCAAAGAGUGGCUUUCUUUCUUUCUUUCUUUCUUUCUUUCUUUCUUUCUUUCUUUCUUUCUUUCUUUCUUUCUUUCUCUCUCUCUCUCUCUCUCUCUCUCUCUCUCUCUCUCUCUCUCUCUCUCUCUCUCUCUCUCUCUCUCUCUUCUCACUGAAAUAAUGUGCAGAAUGGUGUUAUCUAAAAACGUAAGCGGAGGAGCAGCCAAUUGUGUCGCACAAAGGAAACACUGUCCUUCAGAAGUGCUGCCGCCGUGGUUCAGCCACUCGGCCACAUCAAGUGUCUCUUUGAACUGCUGUAUAUAACGUGGAGGGGCCGCCGGUAUUCUAUUAUGACAAUGCAGCUCUUUUGUAACCUGCCAAAGACUUUGAUCGCUUUCUCCCUGUUUCAUCACAUUUCUUUGUACAUCUCCUUAACUUGUAUAGCGCAGGCGGAGCCAGCAGAGUGAGCUUCACACAUUGCUAGAAUACAACCCCCAUCACUCUGAACACUGGCUAAGGCUGUUGGGAGUUGUAGUCCCAAUGGCACCAUGUUGGCUCUCCCCGAGAAAGCAUAACAACUCACUAGCCGGCUAUGAAAUCCCACUUGUGUAAAAUAACUGACACAAAGGGAGAGUUGGGGUCUAAUGCUCACUCUUCAGAUAUUUGCAUUUUCACUUUACCCUGAAGUUGCCAAACCUUCAGCCGUUGCAGUCUGGUCUCAGAAAGAAUUUUGGCUAUUGUGCUGCUAGAUCUUUCCGUUUUUUAGGCCUGUUUCUAUUGGAUCACACUAUUCAGGGUUUGUUCUUAUCGAGGACCUGCAUAGAUCUGCAACCAAUAGAUAAACCGAAAAGAUUUUAGUCAAAGUCUUCCCAGUAUACCUCUCCAUUUGCAUUUCCAUUUGAAUAUGUUCCAGCCUUUCUUGACUUUGCACAUCCUUCCCAUACCCAGGUACUGAGCCUAUAUGGAUGUUGUUUAUGACCUGGGGCGUCCAGACUGUUGCUGGGAUUUAGCUGCAAACCAGCAAAUUCAGGUCGUGCAAGAUGGUGAGGUCUUGUGCGUCAAACAAACUCACUUCCUCAAAAGAUGCUGCUGUUUGCAGUAAGGAAUGUGAUGGGGACAUGUUCUGGACAGUGUGGGAAAACACUCGUUAUGAAGCAUCAUCAUCUAACCUCCCUGGAAACAAAUCAGAAUAAAUGCCAGCGUUGACAAGUCAGGGUGAUUGAAUACUCAAUAAACAGGUCACCUGAAAGCACCCCUGGGAAUUAUCCCAAGGAGAGAUCAGGUGGGGCCUUGGGCUCACAACACAGCCUCCCUCUUUCCUUGCUCUUCUCACCACAGGCAGAUAUAACAGUGAUAAUCUCCCUGUUGUUCUCCACCCCCUUUUCCCCCCUUCCUGAAGUAAGAGGAAUGAGGAUUGGAACCCAAGGCUUUUUUUCCAGACACUCUCUCCAAAAAAGCCCUUAACCUACUCAGGUGAACAUUCGCUUAAUGAAAACUGUAAUACCAGAAAUGUUUAUGCCCACGUGCCCUCUCCAUAGCUGUAAAAUCCACCUCAUUCAUUUAAAUAGGCCCCAAAUGACGCAAACCAUUUUCAGGUCAGUUGUAGUUCAGCCUUUCAGAAGCCUUGGAAGUCAGAAGCCGUCCAUAGAGAUUCCAAGAGAGAGUAUGGAGUUGCAGUUGGAAUGACAAGUCCAGGCAGUUGGGACAGAAUCAUAGAGUUGGAAAGGACCCUAAGGGUCAACAUCCUGCAAUGCAGGAAUCUCAGCUAAAGCAUCCAUGACAGAUGGCCACCCAACCUCUGAUUAAAAACCUCCAAGGAAGGCGAGUCCACAACCUCCCAAGAGAGAGCAUUCCACUGUCGGAACAGCACUUGCUGUCAGAAAGUUCUUCCUGAUGUUUAGUCGGAAUCUCCUUUCUUGUAAUUUGAAGCCAUUGGUUCGAGUCCUACCCUCAAAGCUUGUUCCUCUUCCAUAUGACAGCCCUUAAGAUAUUUGAAGAUGGCUAUCAUAUCUCCUCUUUUCCAGGGUAGACAUACCCAGCUCCUUCAAGCGCUCCGCAUAAGGCUUAGUUUCCAUACCCUUGAUCAUCUUGGUUGCCCACCUCUUGCACAUGUUCCCCUGUGUAGCAUCCAUGUGACAGCCCUUAAGAUAUUUGAAGAUGGCUAUCAUAUCUCCUCUCAGUCCCCACUUCUCCAGGCUAAGCAUACCCAGCUCCUUCAAGCGCUCCUUAUAAGGCUGUUUCCAUACCCUUGAUCAUCUUGGUUGCUUCUCCUCUGCACGUUCCAGCUUGUCAACAUCCUUCAUAAACUGUGGUGCCCAGAACUGGACACAGGAUUCCAGGUGUGGUCUGACCAAGGCAAUAUAGAGUGGUACUAUUACUUCCCUUGAUAUGGACACUAUACUUCUGUUGUUGCAGCCUAAAAUAACAUUAGCUUUUUUCCCUCCUGCAGCACACUGUUGACUCAUGUUCAGCUUGUGGUCCACCAAGACCCCUAGAUCCUUUUCACAUGUACUGCUAGUAAGCCAGGUGUCGCCCAUCCUGUUUGUGCAUCUGGGUCUUCCUGCCUAAGUGCAGAACCUUACAGUUGUCCCUAUUGAAAUUACAUUUUGCAGCUUGGGCCCAGUUCUCCAAUCUGUUAAUGUCAUUUCAAAUUCUGAUUCUGUCUUCUGUGGCAUGAGCUACCCCUCCCAGUUUGGUGUCCUCUGCAAAUUUGAUGAGUAGUGUUUUGGUGUAUAGUUCAGGCCCUUAUGGAUCCCACUCCAGAUGUUUGGGUGGGCUGGAUUUUUCUUUCAGCUUGUUGAAUGACGGGGGAGAUGGCAAGCCAAAGGAAAACACUUACUCGCACUGCAUUUUAUUUCAUUGGGUAAAAUUCAAACUUUAAAAACACAACAGGGAUGAAGUGUUGGCCAUGAAACCAAUAAAUGCCA